AUGACAACAACAGUCUCUGCACUCUCCAACACCUUCUUCAUCUCUCAGAUUUCCCAGCUCGAGAUUUCAGCCUCUGGCUACCCAGUUGAGGAAAACAACCUGCUACAACAUUUUUUGGACUCUCUUCAGUCUUCACCUUCCAUUUUCUUACCCACGUGGUUUUCGUGUUUUGCCAUUGUUGCUGGGUACCCUGCGUUUCCAACAUCAUUGGACAUCAAUAAGAUUCGUGACAUUCUGCCGCACAGGUUUCCAUUUCUUCUAGUGGAUAGAGUGAUUGAACACAAUCCUGGAGUUUCUGCAGUGGCCAUAAAGAAUGUGACAAUAAAUGACAACUUUUUUCCUGGGCAUUUUCCUGAAAGACCAAUCAUGCCUGGUGUUCUCCUGGUUGAGGCAAUGGCACAGGUUGGUGGCUUGGUUAUGUUGCAACCUGAAAUUGGAGGUUCUCGCAAUAAUUUCUUCUUUGCUGGAAUAGACAAAGUGCGAUUUAGGAAGCCAGUGAUUGCAGGAGACACUUUAGUUAUGAGAAUGACACUUAUCAAACUGCAAAAGCGAUUUGGAAUAGCAAAGAUGGAAGGGAAGGCAUAUGUUGGAGGUGAAGUUGUGUGUGAGGGUGAGUUUCUGAUGGCAACUGGGAGCGAAUAAUUAAGACAAACUUCUCCACCAAAAAAGAAAGAGCUGGUUCUGCUGCAUUUAGUUUAACCCUAGAUUAUUUUUUUACUGAUGAACAUGAUCACCACCAUUUGAGUCAUUCGAUCUCAUGUACUUCUCAAACUCAGAUUUCUUGCAAAAUAAUUAUUUAUGGCAGUCCAAGCUACCUUUGCAUGUGUGUUUUUCCAUGUUGCAACUGGGUAUGAUAAAGCUAACAGAUAUUUUGUGUGAAAUUACAAUUAACAUGGCCCAACUUGCAAUUUUCAACUAUCACUGUCCCUUUCACUCCAUCUGGUUUUGGAAAUGAAAUAUAGAUGCAAGUAUUUAUACGAGUUGUCGAUAUUAUAAAUGUAUAAUGCAGAUACAAGGUGAAUGCA